AUGGCCAUCACUUCCGAGGUCGUGCGGCGGGGCACCUGCUCGGGCUCUUUCCUUGCUUCGCUGCUGGGGCUUUGGAUUCAUGUGCUCAUGUAUAGGCGCCCGAUGCUGGCUCUCCUUGACUGCGCCUUCGCCGACAGCCGGCGCACCCCGGCGUCAACGGUGUUCGCUCUCAGCCGCAACACCUUGAACGAGCUGUUGGCUUUGGUGAUGUUGGCUCCGCUUGCCCAGACCGACAUGCGUGUGUCUUACGCACCUUUUGCGUUCUGCAUGGAUGCCUCGCCCACUGGUGCUGGUUUGUGCGCGGCGCCCCUGCCUGAAACUGUUGUGGCCGAGCUGUGGCGACAGUCUGAGCAGAAAGGUUACUACACCCGGUUGGAAUCUCCGGCUGCUGCGCUCUUGCGUGAAAAGGGGCUUGAACCCGAGACUGUGUUCGGGGCCUCUGCUGUGGAGCCUCCGACAACAGUUUUUCCUUUGCCACCGGCCUUAAACGAGGGCAUUGUGUACGAUACCCUUGAGUGCUUUUCUCAGGAGGGCACUUGGGCUGCUGCUCACUCAGCCGCGGGUCUUGUUGCACAUCCGGGGCUCUUCACUGCCGGUCGUCCGCUACAGUUUGCUGACCUCGCCGACGGUGACAUACUGGCCCAGCUUGUGUCCUUAGCUGCCCGCGGUGUUGUGCGUGAGUGGCACUUUGAGCCGGCGGGCUCUUUCGGUGGUGCCUUGGCCCGUGCCGUUGAGGUGAAGCUCUGUCUCGUCUCGCUGCUGUUACGCCUGUCCGGCUUUGUCAGUGACUCCCCCACUACAGCCGAGCUGCGUGCUUUCCACGAUGAUCCGGAAUGGGUCGGCGAACUCGCUGACAGUCUUGAGUUCACUGAAGUCCUUCGUUACAGGUUUUCGCGACAGGGACACAUUAACGUGCAGGAGGGCCGCUCCAGCAGUUCGGCUCUCGGCCACGUUCUUCUCACCGCGCUGCCCUAUGUCCUUGGGGGAGGCCUCUAUCCGGGCGGUCUCCAUGUCUAUUCAGGGGCUAACCGAAGUGACGGCCCUUCUCGCGGCCGAAGCGUGGCACCGCCUACCAAGGACUGGCCCGUUUGGCUUGAAGAGCUGCGCGAAGGUAGCACUUACAGGUUCGACGUCUGCUUGGCCGCAGCCCGUGUGCCCAAACUAGCUGGCAGAUGGCUGCGCUUGUUGCUGUUGCUUGGUGGUGACAUUGAGCGGCAUCCUGGUCCUGCUGGUCGUGUUCCUCGAGGGCCUCUCGACUUGACGUCCGGCUUCGCGACUUCCACUCGUCACAAGAUGACCAAGAGUUUGGAUGCCUUCAAACUGUGGCUGUCUGUCAGCUUGAACCUUACGUUUGCCGCUGCCAUGGCCAGCGCCGAAUCCGCAGCUACUGCGCUGCGUGCCUUCGGGCUUCACUUGUACUCCGAAGGGCAUCCCCGCUACUUGCUUGUGUAUGCCAUCACGGGUGUACAGGACGCGUUCCCGGCGUUUCGCAAUCACCUUACGCCUGCCUGGCAAAUCGAUAAAAAAUGGCAGCAUGUCGAGCCAGGCGAAUGCAGGCCGGUGAUUUCCAAGCCCAUUCUCUUAGCUUCGGUUUCUUUAGGGAUUCUUUGGGGUUGGUUCGACUGGGUCGCCGUCACUCUCGUGGGUUUCUUGUGCAUGCUGCACCCUUCCGAGCUUAUCUGUCUUCAGAGGAGCGACCUGGUGCUCCCUCACGACAUGAUGACUUCGGAUUGUCUCGCUUACAUUCACGGAACCCCAAAACAGCGCGUUUUGCGCGCCGGCAGCACUCGCGGUUAG